GGAGCUUAGAGCAAUAGCUUAAACCAAUGCCAAGAAAAAUCAUCGGAGUUCAUAUGACGCCCAGGACUUCAUGGAAAAGGGAGAGGAUAAAGAGUAGAGGGGAAAGCAGCGACGGCACAAUUGUUGAAAUGGAAUGUGAAGUUCGAAUUGGACGUUUGUAUGCGACCGCUCCGUUUCUGACGAUCAAUAAAUACCAAGGUCGGCGGAUAACUACGUCCUCAUCCGCUCUGAGUUCUCAUUCCUUAUCGGUGGAUUCGGUGCUUCAUACCGACUACUUGUUGAAGGACCUGCAACUACUCUACGCUUCAUAUCGAGAAUUGCUCCAUAACGCUUGGUGCGUUUUGUUGCGAAUGGUAUUAGGAUCCUGCGCAGGGGUCUUGCAAAAUGACGAUUUGGCAUUUAUUGGUCUGUAUGUCGUUAAAUCCGCCUAUCGCAGGCAUGGUAUUGGGAGGAAAAUUUGGAAUGCCGUCAUGAAGAGGGUUGGAGAUCGCAAUGCUGGUGUCAAUCCAGUUCCAGAACAGCUGGAAAACUAUCGAGAUCGAUCAGGAUUUCCAGUGCAAACGAGUUGGUGUUCAAUAGUAUCGCACACAAAAUCCAUGGACAUGUCACUGUUUACCGCCAAUGAUCUAGAUAUCAAUUUGCAACGGCUUAUCCUUGAAGACAAUGACACCUUAAACGAGGUAAUCUGUUAUGAUGCUGAUGUUUGUGGAUUUAGCAGGGGUAAUUUGGUACCAUUAUUGUGCAGUCAGAAAGAUUCAGUUACCAUGGUUGCUACCAAGACCGACAGCAAUGAAAUUUGCGGAUAUGGUAAUAUAAGGAAGAAUAUUAAAAAUGGUGCGAUUGUUGGUCCUCUCUAUGCUGAUAGUGCAGAAAUCGCAGAGAAAAUUUUGUACGAACUUGUUAAAGCUUUCCCCAUUGGUGAGAUUGAAGGUAUAAUGAUGAUGGCAAUUGACUGUAAUCUACCUGCUAUGAAAAUGAUGGAUAAAUUAGGUUUCCAAACUUUAGAAGGUAUUGCCAGGUUGUACAGAGACGAAGAAGUCCAUGUCAAGUACGAGAAAGUAUUCAGUCAACAUAGCCUCAAUUUUUCCAUAUUUUGAUGUCUACUUUCAAAGAAAAACCGUAAUUGCAUUUAUAAGUUGCAUUUGGUAAUGUUCAAGCCAGUCCAGCUAAGUAAAAUGCUAGCAUUCGUUAAGUGAUAUUUGCCGGAAAAUGCUCAACGCAGCUCCAUGAAGGGUGCAAAAUAAUCUUCAAGGUACAAAUUGUCAUCCGAAGGAAUUGAAAAAAGAACAGAAGCACUUGCAGAAAAACCAUUUUUCUUACUAUUGUGCAAAAAUACAUCUGAUGCUUUAUACAUCUGUUAGUUGCUAUA